AUGUUUCGCUACAUCAUAGGUGUUAUUAGUUCAUUAGGGGAGAGUAACAUAAUUAAGUUUGGAGGACCAGAGCCACUCCAUCGCGUCAUCUGGGGCUCGACCCAAGAUGAUAUUCUCAUCAUGUCUGCAACAUCAGAAUAUGAACCAGUGGCCCGGCAAGAUUAUGGGCCGGCCGCCUCCAGUGAAAAUAUAUAUGAACAUGUUUUGGAGCACAAAUUAACAGACAAUAUGAAUGUUUCUAGUAUAAGAACUCCUGUUUUAAGGGCUGUGCCUUUAUCGCCUACUGAAGGUGAUCCUGAACCUGAUUCUACUAAUCCCGAGAGUAUUAUCCAGUCUAUACACAAAGUAGAUAAAGAAGUAGAAUUUCAUAUUGGUGAUAAGCAUUGCAAUACUGAAAUGUCUGUUGAGUCUUUAUCCAGAAUUGUGAGAAUUGAAGAAACCACAAUUGAUGAUGUGGGUCGCAUAGCAUACCCCAUAUUGCAGGAAACAGAUGAUUCCGGAGAUGGAAACUUUGUAGAGAAUGCUACUACUUUAAUCCAGGCUCCUAUAAAUACAGCUAUUGUGCAAAAUGUAACUAAACUCCCACAAAACUUUACAAUUAAUGUAGAUGCUGCAGUAGGUAAUAUUACUGCUAUUCAAAAUGUUUCACAAGAUGCCUCAGGUAAUCCAACAUUGUGGUUGCCUACCAUUCUCACAACUAGUGCUGCACCUGAAAAUAAAACUGAUGAUGACCAUUCACCAGGAAGUUUAUCUCAAAUAAUAAUCACCAGUGAAAGUUAUGUUAAUGAUACUAAUCAAGCAGGCAGAAGAACUAAUAUAAUAACAGAAACCAACUAUAUUAGUCGUCCCAAGACAUCCAAAGUUCAGAUUCUAAGCAAUAUUUCUCUUCCAAAGAAUACAAAUUAUUCUCAGCAAUACAUAUCACAAGGAAAAGAGAUACCAUCUCCUGUAUAUGGAACACAGAAUCAUGUCUAUAAAUUAAGUGCCAAUGUUGUAUCCCAGAAGCACUUGAACAACUCAGUCUUAAACAUAAAGCCUCCAAAAAAUCAAUCUCUUAUAGGAUGCUCAUCCCUUUCACCAACAAUAAUAAAUAAUAAUCCUAUUAAAAAUGUAUCUUAUAGCCAUACAUACACGAAAAGCACAAACUUAAACAAGUCAUUGAAUAAGGUUAAUAAUGGUGCUAAUUUAAAUACUAUGGUAGCGGCCUCAUCCGGCAAUACGCAGUGCCAUAUUUUAUCUCGUGUUGUAUCUGGGCCCAACAAGAUGUCCGUCCAUUCAGGUAGAAAAGCAAUUAAGAGUGCAAAAGGUUCAAGUCAAGGAUCUGGACAGAAAGAUCAGUCUAGAGCAAUUAAAAUUAUACAACAAGCUGGUGCAUCUCAUAAAUCUGAAGGAAAGUCAUGGCCUGUUGCAAGCAUCACAUACAAGAGUCAACCACAAAGUUAUGGAGUGAUGGAUUCUAAUGCUUCUAAGAUUAUACAGAAAGUUGGCAGUCCAACACACAAAACUCAGUCAAUGUCAUUGCAAAAAGUUUCAAAAGGUGAUCGAUUGGUGCUUCAGUCUCCUUGUGGCCCUGUCUUGCUUUCUACAGCACCACUAAAUAUAAACUUGCCCCAAGGUCCCCACUAUGUACAGUCUGGAUCAACACCCAAUCUGCGAUAUGUACAGACCUAUGCCUCAACAGACAAUCAACUGUCCACUGUGUCUCAAGUCUCUGCCAAUCAGCAACUUACUGAACAAAUAUUACAGUCACUUGCUCAACCUAAAAUAAUGUUACAACAAAGCCCAAUAAGAAUGAAUCAUACUGUAUUACCAACAUCAAUUGUAGAAGAGCCUAUUGACAUAAAACCUGUUAAUCAAAAAAGGAUUGUGUUUGGUGACAAGUCUACACUAUUAAUGGCUGAUGACAUAAUUGGAAUGGAGGAGAGACCCAAUUUGACUGAAGAACUUCGUCGUUAUUCUUACCAAUCUCUGGCAUUUAUAAUGUUGGAUCACACAUACGCCUUGCCAGCACAAAAGCAACCCACUGUUUCUACACCUAUUUCGCCUGUUUCAACAUCUGCACCAACUAUUGUUUCCUCAUCACCGACAACAUCACCAAUGAGCCCAUUAAAGAGAAAUUCUCCUAUUAUGUCGACUGCAUCUUAUGAUUUACCAGUUACAGUUCCAACUAGUGUCACAGGAGCUACCACACCGGUGACAUCUAUACCAAUUGGAGCUCUCACUUAUAAACCAACCCCAUCUGCAGUGGCUCAAGAUGAUGAUGCUGCUUCUGUAAUAUCCUCUAUAGAUGGAGACAGAAGACCGGCUGUCCCAGGGGGCAGUGACACUGAAACGGCUCCUGAAGGUGAAGAGGAAGGGAAGACUAGGUGUAUAUGUGAUUUCACACAUGAUGAUGGUUAUAUGAUAUGUUGUGAUCGAUGUGGUGAGUGGCAACAUGUAGAUUGUAUGGGCAUAGACAGGCAAAAUAUACCAGAUGCCUAUAUGUGUGAAGUCUGCCAGCCUCGACCUAUCGAUAGACGUCACGCCCGUGCCAUUCAAUUGAGAAAGAGAGAGGAAUUAAGUGCCCUUGGUGCUUCAGAUUCAGAUUCAUCAGAAAGCAUUCGCAAUCCUGGACAAAGACGUAAAAGAUUACUAACUGUAACAACUUACACUAACACAAGUGGAUCUUGUGUUACUACAUACAAUUCAAACAUCCCAGUUUUACCACCAUUGCCUCAGACAAGUUUACCGUUGCCUAAACGCGGUCCGAAACGGCCUAAAAAGGCUGAAAUGGUAAGAAAAGUCGCUAAGAGAAAACUAGCUGAAAAAAGAGUUAAACGCAAGAAAGAUAUAUUUAAUAGAAGCAAAUACAACACUGGCCUUGCAAAUCAAUCACACUGGCAGGAUUCUUAUGAAGCGGCAAUGACUAAUCACUACAGUCCUGAGUUGAGAGCUAAAAUUAUGAAAUAUAGCAGCAAAUUAGGAAACACUCCUAGUAUGGCUUCUGCAAUAACAGCACACUUAUGUACAACAGUGCCACAUGCGGGUGGCAAAAUACUUAUAGCAACAAAAGACCUUAAAGAAAAUACUCCCGUAAUAGAAUUACGUGGUAAAUAUAUGUUAUCAAACCAACAUAGGCCACAGGUACAAAAUACAGCUAGAGCAGGAAGCCAAAAGCCAGGACCAUUUGUCUUUUUCUACAGGCUUCCUAAGGAUAAUACCCAGAUAUGUAUUGACACAAGAACAUAUGGAAAUGAAGCAAGGUUUGUAAGACGCUCAUGUAAACCUAAUGCAGAAUUACAACAUUGCAUUGUGAAGGGUGCUUUACAUGUCUACUUAGUAACAAUUGGGGUUGUCCAAUCAAAUACAGAAAUUACAGUGGGACAUGAUACUAAUGGUAGCAAACAACCUUGUGCUUGUGGCAAUCCAAAACAUUGUAAAGUUAAUGGAUUGAAUCCAGUUGUUACCAGAAAGAGUGUUGACUACCCUCAAAGAGAAAAGAGAAGUAGAAAUAGAUGCUACAGUUCAUCUUCACCUGUAUCACCGCCUCUUGUACCAAUGCCUACAACACCAAUUAAAGAGAGCCCUCCUCCAAUUAUGCAAAUAAAAACUGAAAAGAAAUCACCUAUUAAACACGAAUUUCCUCCCAUGUCACCAAUCAAAACAUCAGUAUUAAGUUUAAAUUUUGAUGACCCAAUUAAACCUGAAACUUUUGAUGAUGAAGAUGAUAUAAAACAGGAAAUAGAUUUAACGGCUAAAGAAGAAAUGAAGCCAGAAAUGGAUGAACCAGAUUUUGUUAAAAUUGAGCCGAAAAUCGAAGAACAUGAUGAACCCACACUUCCUGAACCUGAACAUGAACCAGAACCUGAACAUGAACCAGAACCAGUACCAGUGAUAAAAGAACUACCUAAAGAAAUUAUAAAAGAAGAAAUCAUAAAAGAAAUUAAAGAAGAAACUCCAUUCAAAAUUGAGAAUGUCAUAUCAGAAACAAUUAAGGAAGAAAUAGUAGAAGAUAAAAAACCUAAAGAAGUACCUAAAAUUGAGGAAGAAAAACCAGUACCUAACAAAGAAGUAACAGCUAAAUCAGCAUGUCAUGAUAGAUCUGCACGAUCAAGUAGAACUACUUGCACUAAUCAAGACUCCUUGGAUGAUAAAACAGAUGACUCACAAGAUAAAAUGCCACUUGUCACAAGUAGUCAAAAAGAUAAGAAAAAAAUGACUCGUGAGGAGCGCAAAAUGGAGGCUAUAAUGAAAGCUUUUGAACGUAUGGAGAAAGCAGAACAACGUAAACAGGAGGUAAAAGAACGCCAAAAAAGAAGAGAAUCGGAUCCUCAUCCCAACAGUGUUGAAAGAGAAGAUGAAGAGGAAAUACAUGUUAAUUCCAGAAAGAGAAAGAAGCGCAAAGGACGAGCUCGUACAACAUCGCAAUCCAACCGGCGACGGUUGAAUUCAGCAGACAGUGACAUGGUGACUUCAGGUGAUGAGGCACAGCCUCCUUCUCCAAGGGCCCCACCUCCAAUACAAUUUCAGCCUGCUACAACAGAAGAUCGACCGCAAGAAGCUGUAAAUGAAGAUCUUGGCUUAAGCUCAGCGUGUCUGCUAGUAGAAGCAGCUGUUGGUUCAGUUGAAUCUGCUUUCAAGCUGCCCAAAACAAAGAAAACUAUGGCUACAGAAUGGAUUGGACGUUCCCCAGAGCGUACACCCUCACCAUACAACUCACCAUACAGACCAGCUUUGGUCUCUGCACCAUCAUUAGAAAGUCUAGUCAGAGUUGCAUCAACUAUGAUUGGUGAUCUUAGUGGAGGACAGGAUAUAGAACAUGAAGAGGAAACUGCUGCAACUUCACCUCCAAGAACCCCAGGGCGAGAAAGAAAUAGGCCACCAAAAAAAGCGAAGCGAAUCACACGCAGCACUCCUACUGAAGUAGCAGAAGUAAUUCCUGCAGUAUUGCCAUUUCCUCAGCAUAGUGCUAAGAAGCGUUGGUUGAGACAAGCUAUAAGUGAGGAAAGCGACUCCCCUGUUACUGAUGUUUUUGUUGCAGAAUCACCUCCAAAUGAAAUGGUGACGCCAUUAAAGAAAAGAAGGGUAGCAAGAGAAUCAUUAAGUUGUGACCAAAACCCUAUAACACCUUGCAUGGAUGAUACAUCGCCAAUCUUGACGUCUGAGGAUUCUCCAAUCAAAGACGAUCCGCAGUCAAUAACACGACAGUACAAGAGAAAUAUCAUGGACAGUAUGUAUAGCAGAGACAGAACCAGGUCAGAUAGUGGGCAAGGUUCGGAUGACCAGUGUAAUAAUGACCAUGAUAUUUUAAAUGUCAACCUUAAAGUACCACAUGAUAGUGAAAACAUAAGGAGAAUUAUCGGCGUUCCAACGCCGGAGGAAGAAUAUCCACCAGAAAUAACAAAAACUGAAGAUAUCAAUACUAAUAAUAAUAAUUUAGAAAUGGAAGAUAAUAAAGUUGUACCAAUGGAGAUAGACACAACAAUAAUAACUCAAGCAAAGAUUCAGGAGUCUAAUGAAAACAACAACUGUGAACUAAAGGGCCUAGACAGUCCUAAUGAUAAAGUUAACAGCUCUCAAUCUGCCGAUACUAGCGGUAAUUCGUCGCCGCAACGAGAUGAAAUGGAUGAUAUUCAAAAGAAAAUUCAUUCUUUCCACACAGAGAAUAUUCUUAUACUGAAAAGCAGAAAUAAGAAGCCACCAAAAGAGAAGCGGAAGAAAGUAAAUCUCAAUUUUGAUCUCAACAUGGUAGAUGAUCGAAUUAGUAUUCAGUUACGUACAGAAAAUGAUACAAACUCAAAAGCUUCUGAAAUAAAUGGAGAUGUACAUGAAGAGUUCAGCAAUUCCAUUCAAGAUGAUGCAAAAAUUCAUGUUUCUCCAGAGGAUAUACCUUUGCCUCCUGUGGAGACAAUACCUCUUCCCGCAUCAGAAAAUAUUCUUCUACCUGCUCCUGAAAACAUACCUCUUCCUGAAGAACCAAGUCCGAUGCCUAUUAUACCCUCACCAGAAAGAAUACCAUUACCUGAAGAGCCUAUAAAGCCUAUAAAGCUUGUUAGUGGUGCAUCACCUCUUUCUUCAUCAGAGGAUGACAGAUCUGAAGAGAAGGAGGUUAUUUCAACAGAUAGACCAUCUGUACUAGAUUCUACGCUUCCAUUUUCGUCACGUUUUAGUUCAACAGGACUCUUCUCGGGUAUAUUCAGCAAUAUGUCACACUCAUUCAAGUUGGAUAGCCCAAUUAAUGAGAACAUACCAAAUAUGUCCAUAAUAAAGAGUGCAAUAGAUAGGACUACAAGUUUAGACAAUAGUUUGUUCGAUAAAGACAGUAUAACUCCAGUGGAUGAGUUGAAAAGUGUGCAAGAGAUAUUGACUCGUGUGAAUAACAUGGACUCGAACAAUAGUGUUUUAUUGUCGGGUGUGCUCAAGAACUCUAACAAGAGCCUGUUGUCAUCUCCAUCACAGUCACCUAAGCCUGCUAGCAAACCGUACUGCCCCCGCAGCAAUGAUCCCCGAUUAAACCCUCCUCUAGUUGAGAAACCCAAACCAGUUAGAAGGAAGCUCUCUAUAACGGAAUACCGCAAACGGCACAAGUGCGUCGCUAGUGAUUCCGGUUCGCCCGCUUCUGGGGAGGCUCAGGAAGGGGGCGAAGCGUGUUCGGGGGGCAGAGGGGCGUGCACGGGUGGUGAAACUGGGACGUGUCCGGGGAGUGAAGUGGGGGCAGAGUGGUCCUCGGAGUCUUCGGGCGGGGCGUCGCUGUCGCCACAAAGGCUGGAAGCGGCCGCCGCAGCCGCCGUCGACGAACUCGAACAGCGAUUGCAUAGGGACCUAGCCGCAACACACACACCCAAAGGUGUGUUCGACGCGCAGCCGACGGCGUCGGAGCGUCAGCGGGAGAACCUAAGUUCGCGACUUCGGCGCGAAUUCGGGCUCGCGCUCCCCGACGACGACGACGCGCGCUCGCCCCACUGUGAUGGCGCGGUGGUGCCAAAGCGGUGCGACAGGUAG